ACAAUAGUCUUCAGACUUUGAACAAAUGGAAACUGGCUCCAACCAAAAUAUGCAGCUAUAGAUUAUGAUUUAUUCAUAAGAGUUUAUUGCAAGAAUGACCACAGCUCUACUUUAUUUUAGUGAUUUUAUCACUUAGUGACCCUUUCAAGUCAUCGAACGGUUUAUUACCUUACUUCUAGAAGUUUUGUUGGACCAUGCAAGACACGAAGAGCCGAUAUGCAGUCAAACAACUUUCACUGAUCGCACAUGUAAAUACGAGAAACCGCGACGGUUACUGACCCAGAAGUGGCCCUAAAAUACCAAGAUUGAAACCCAGCGAAUAGGAAACGUCAUGAGUUUGUCGGAGAGCGAGGAUCACGAUUCCUCAGCAGAGGAACACGAAUUGUCUAAACUAAAAGAGGAGGCAAUUCUUGACAGUUUAUUUUACGCUUGCGAGGUGGACGAUAGCGGAAAAGUGCCUGUUUCUCGUCUUAUAAGCUACCUUAGAACUGCUGUGGCCAAGGACUCCAACGACAAUACUCCAGAGUUUGCGGAUAACCUGGACGACCUGUCCCUGAUUCUGGACCCCGAGGGCCAGGAUGUUCACAUAAGCUUGACCACCUACCAUGCAGGCAUCAGCGAGUGGAUUGAUGAGAUCCGAAAGAGGAGUAUGGCAAGUCUUGAGGAGCAGUACUAUUCACCAGUCACUGUCAACUGCACAUCACCAUCAUUCGGCUCUCUCGUCCAGAAUGGAUUAGACCUAGCCACCAGCACUCCUAAUGCAUCCACUGAUAGCGUUGAAGGUAUUGGUGGAGAGUCACCCAAGAAAAACGACUGGGAUCGAGCUCAAGAAAUGAUGGCCACAAUUGAGAGUUUACAGGCAAACAACAAGAGACUGUUAGAUCAGUAUUCCUCUGUCCAGGCUCAGAUGGACUUAACUGAUGAGCUGAACGCCCAGCUGACAGCAGAGUUAACGGACCUAAAGAAACAGAUGCAAAUCUUGCAACAUACGUCAGAAAAAUAUAAACUAUUGGAAAAAGAAAAUGCCGAUCUUAGGCAGUCAGUAAGUGAAACACAAGAAGUGGCUAACAGUCUCCAAAAUAGAAAUUCUCUUCUGGAAAGAGAAAAACAAUCAUUAGAAGAAAAUAUACAAGAUUUAAAUGUAAAGUUAACACAAUCGCAAAGCGAAAUAUCUCUACUAGCUUCUCAGAAAAAAGAAUUGACAGAGUCUAUAGGAUUACAAAAGCAAGUUGUCUUUGAAGAAUUAAAAAAUGUUCGUGAAGAAUUUGCUGAGGAAUCGACAACAAAAACACAAUAUUUAAAUAGCGUUAUAGCAGAACUCACACUUGCAAAUGAGGAACUUAAGCUGGAGAAGAGCAGGCUGGAACAAGUUGUCGCCGACCUCACUGAUGAACAUCCAAGAGACAAGCCCCAUGACAGCUCGUGUUCGCCUAGCUCCAUGCCCUACUCAGCAAGUACGCCAGUUCAGCGAAAAAGAAGACCGUUUUCGCUCAAACAAGAACUACAAGCCCAGUUGUCCACAGAAUCACGAGACUUACCGUCGCCACUUGUGGGGAACAGUAUGUGUUGCGAUAGUCUUGACGGGACCGCGUUAGACACCAUGGGGGGUUCAGUAUUCGAUCAUUCUUGGGCGUCAUACGCCUCCCACGAUACCAACACUUCAAUAGAAGGGUACAGCAUCGUCGCCACACAAGUGGCGACUGAGUUUCGUGAGAAGAAGGACAAGGCCCUGCAGCAAAUCAAUGAGCUCGCUUGUCUGGACACUAGUCCUGGCGUGAAAGUUAGACACGAGGUCAUAGCGAAUCAGUUUAACGAAGAGAUGAACACUUUUGCAGAGAAAAUCAACUCAAUAUGCUUAAAGAAGAAAAGCGCGGAAAAAAGGUCAGCAAAACUACUUAUAACGGUCAAGAAAUUGAAAGAGGAAUGUGAGCGACUGCAGAUCGAACGGGACAAGGCCUACCAGAAGCUUGGUAAUCUUUCACUCAGUAGCGACGACAUAGACACAAGGAUGGAAGAUUUGAAGAAAGAGCUUUCCAAGGUAAAAGAACAGCUUAAAGCUAGCGAAACUACAAUAGAAGAUUUGCAGAACCAACUCGCUACCAUCAACACAGAACUCGCAGCCGUACGCGAUGAAAGAGAAAAGUUAGCCAAGACUCUUGGAAUUCAGAAUGAGCAUAAAGACGAGCUGGAGAGAAAACUCAUCGACGCCCACAGGUCCCAAAGUCAGUUAGACAUUCAACAGACUCAUCAAAUCUUGAGGAUAAAAGAGCUUGAAGAAGAGCUAAAGAGAUUGUCCAACCAUUUGCUGACAGAGAAAGAGCGUACCACCGCCUUAGAGGAGUCCCUUCAUUUGUCUGUCACGAAGCACAGCAACGAGAUGCAGGAAAUCAUGGAUAUGAUCCCCAUAACUGAGAGUGAGCUUAACAAGGCUAAGCAAUCACCCCGUUCCUCUUCGCCACGAGUGACAGGCCACACCCUGAGGUCACGUCUGCAGGACUACAUACUUGCAGUACAGGGUCUUCUACCCCCAGAGUCUGCGGUCCGUGCAUCGCCGGAUGGUAAACCUCGUAGCGAUCUCGAUGACAGCUCUGCAGAAGGAUCCACUCACCCUCCCUCCCUCCGUGCCACAAAAGGGCUCCCCUCCCCUCCCUACUCGUCUGUGUCGUCCCAAAGCCCUGAACGCUCUGCCCAGAGCCCCUACUACUCGGCGGAGAGUGGAGUGUACAGAACAGUACACGAGACAGGGUCGCAGACCGAUCUGACUUCAGAAUAUAUGAAGGCGCUUGAGAGUAUCAGCGGGCGAGAAAAGGCAGCUGGUGAUUCCAACGAAAGCGACGCUCCCAGACAUCCUAAAAUGUUGAGCCUAUGGAAGAAGAAGUUGGCAGUGAGCUUUAAGCACGACGAGGACUACCCGGAUUCAUUAGACAGCUCCGCCAACAGCGGCAACUUCGUGGAUGGAGUCUCCUUGCACGUACGGCCGGCACCAAGCGAAAGAGAAGUUGAAAAGCACUUCAGAGCGCUUGUGCUUGCAUUUCAAACAGACCAGAUGACGUUAGAGAAGAGACUCAGGGUCCAGGAGCGCAAUCGAGCUGUGGCUGAGAGUAACAUGGACCAGGAAUUCCAGCACAUGACCGACUUACUUAAGCGCUAUGAAGAAAAGUAUGUUCGGACAAAAGAGCUGCAGAACGUGGUAGUUACACUGUUGACCCAGAUAGAAGUAUUGCGCAGCUCUUGUCAGCGGGUAUCAUCGCUGGCUCAGCAGCAUGGCAGUGUACAACAGGAAUCGCGGAUGUCAGGCGGGCUAGAGGUGAUGAUUUGCCAUGCCGAGAAUGUCAGUAGACACUUGGAGCGCGCCAGUCAAGACCUUAACGAGUUUAGGAAAAAAGAAUCCUUACUGCCAGAUGACUCCGACUCAAACGUGUCUGCACCGACCCAAAACGGCCCUACUAGAAUUGGAGGGUAUGGUCGGGAGAAAAGUGCCUCUGUCGACGAAACGGGAUCUGCGGAUGAGAGCAAGCAGAAUAGCUUGGCUCAUUUUAUGAUGGCCAUCCACAAUACUUCCGUCCGCGCCAAACAGGUUUUGCACAGCUUCCGGCGCAGAACAAUAGACACAGGAACCCUGUGGCGAAGUCAAGAGACAGACUCUGAUGAAGGAGACGGUGAAGCUCUCAAUCAAGAUCCCUGCAGGGAGAGGGAAGGGAGUAUUUCUAGCUCUGCAGGCUCUUCAGAGGGGGAGAGGGUGGAAGAAACGGAGGCUGUCAGUCAACCAGUGGAGCCCACUCCCAGACCGGUGCACAUGCGCGGUGCCUGUGGUCGCCUCUUUCUGGCCACCCUCCGCAUCAUCUUCACCACCCUAUUCCUCAUCUUCCUACUCCUUGGCACCCUGGUCUUCUGCAACACCUACACUUCUUACAAGCUACGACGGGACCACAUACCGGAAUGGAUAAUAGAGGUCCUUGACCCUCUCAUGGAUCGCUACCCUGGCACGCCCAACCAUUGAGCCACUGUGUCCAAUUCCAUGCCUUUUCUAUGAGGAAUUUUUCGGUCAUGUAUAUGAUAAAUUUUGUGGAAUUGCUUUUUGUGGCAGUUGAUUAUUGUAGAAUUGGGCGCUGUCGUGUGUUAGCGUACGUGAAUAUUUUGUAUAUAGAGAAAAUAAAGCUAGAAUAGCUGAUAGUUUAGCUCUUUGCCUGAGUAUAUAUGACUAUUUUCUGUAUAACUGUAAUAUUUAUAUGCCUUCUAUAACUCUUACAUUUUAUCACAAUUUUCUCCUUUUUUUUCUUUUCUAUUGAAGGAUGUUAAUUAGCUGCUAAGAUCCGACUAUAACGUGAUAACGAAUAUGCGUUCCUGUUAUCUUCUGGGAAUUAUUGGCGAUUUUCCUAUCAAUGGAUUUUUUCUUAUAGCAAAAGUACCUCAACUUAUCUGAAUACAGCCAUCUAAAAUGCCCUCUAGGUCGAUUUCUAAACCUUAUAUUAAAUGCAGGAAUCCUAAUGUAAAACAAAUCGAAACAAUAACGUGAUUCAAUUAGUUUAUCAGUGCAUAUUAAGAUUUUCUCACGCUCAUUACUGAUCAUUGCGCUUCUGCUUAAAGUCGCUAACUAAAAAGCUCGUUCUAUAUCGGAAAGUGUUGAUACAACAAACAAAACAAAAAACUGUUUCCAGACAAUCAUCCAGGGAAUGUAUUUUCCCAACAAUGCCAUGCGGCAUAUCCAUGCGACAUCAAAGUCAAUUCAAACGAUAUUUAAAGAGCCUUUUCAGCCACUCCUUUCUGAUUCAAAAUUAUCGCAGCAGAUUUCCUAUAUGGAUGAAAACGUUACUUUCUUUUUAUAUUUCGCUAGAAUGAAAAAAUUGCAGCUGAGACUCUUUCAUUAUUAGUGACGAUUUAUAUAUGUUAGAUGAAACAGCAUCAACAACGAAAGGCGCGUUAGAAAAUACUUGUUUUAUUUAGAAAUGUUAAGAUUGCUUAGGAAAAUUGUAUCUACUGCUGAGGUGCGUUAAUGGAUGAUAUAUGUAAAUAGUCUAAAGUCAUUAAGCAUUCGACACAUUUCCCUGUUCAUGCCCUAGAAAACUUUUUCUACAGAAACAGGAUAUAUCUAUCGGGCAUCUAGAAAUUUAGUCAUCAUAUUAGAUCUGUUGAAAACCUGUUAGCAACCAUUUUUUGCUUAACAAGGAAUAUCUCUGGAAUAUUGAAUAUUUUAAAUUAAAAUUAAAAAAAUAAACUACUGUAGAAGAUGAUUACAAAAAUUAAUAUAUGAUGAUUAUGUUGGUCAAAAGAGAGAGAGAGAGCAAUUAUUAUAUUUAUGUCAGAGAAUACUAGUUCACCGUAGUAUUGUUGUACAAUUUUUACUAAUAUCACAUUAAAACGCGAUUUCGGGUUUAA